AUGGCUAGUAGCUGUUCAAUCUCAGACUGUGAAAAUUGUAUCCACGCAAAAAAAUUAUAUACCUCAGCUCUAGCGAUUUUACAUAAUCAAGAUAGACAAAUGGUUAUAAUAACCGAUGACAAAAUACAACAGGGUAAUCUUACAGUCAAGAGAGGGAAUACACAAAAUGAUGUAUUAAUACCCAUCGUACCCAUGGUAGAAGAAGUAGUUAAGGAAAGGGGAAAGGGCAAAGGCAAGGGCAAAGACAAAAGCAUGGAGAUAAAAAAAAUCGAACCAGCAACCACAAGUAAAGAGAACCCCAUUGAUAUCAUUGAAAAACAGCCAUUAACCUCAAGAAAGCAACCAAGUAAAGAGAAAGAACCCCAAUCAAGCCCCAGCCAAAAAAAUCAAGCCCAAUCAAGGAAAGAUCGAUUAAAGAAACAAGCACUAGUAAAACUGUUGAGGGCAUAUAUCAUGACAAAUAUUAUUGUUUUAAAAAAAUGA